AAAAGAUGAGAAGUGUUUUUUUAAAAGCAGUUCCGGAAAACGGAUAAAUAGAGCGAAGGCCUACCAGGUCAAAGCAACGUGUGAUCGUCGCUUUGCUCAUUCAUUGAUUUUCGUGCUUCGUUGGAUCAACGGAGCGUCUCUCUCCUGCUUUGCUCGGUUUUUUUGUCGAUCGCCAUGGCUAAGAGUUCCUUCAAGUUGGAGCACCCGCUCGAGAGGCGUCAGGCAGAAGCAUCUCGCAUCAGAGAGAAGUAUCCCGAUAGAAUUCCUGUCAUUGUGGAGAAGGCUGAAAGAAGUGACAUUCCCGACAUUGACAAAAAGAAGUAUCUUGUCCCUGCUGAUCUGACUGUUGGGCAAUUUGUCUAUGUUGUCCGAAAGAGGAUAAAGCUAAGUGCUGAGAAAGCCAUUUUUAUCUUUGUUAAGAACAUCCUUCCUCCUACUGCUGCUAUGAUGUCUGCAAUAUAUGAGGAAAACAAGGAUGAGGAUGGCUUCCUCUACAUGACUUACAGUGGAGAAAACACCUUCGGCUCCUCCUAAAUUCGCCAGCAGUUGAAAAGCUGCAGACUUUGUAAAUUAAUUUGAAGACACAUUUGUAAAUCCUCAUUAGCUCUUGUGUGACAUGUGCGUAUUCUGUUCAAAUGCCUUGAACUUAAGAACUCAAGGGUGAGCAGAAAACUGGUAUUAUCAUUUCUCCAAAGAGUGUUUCUAAUAUUAAAAGGGUGCUCUCUAGUCUCUCUGAUCCUCUUAUGUUCAUCUUACGGGAGUAUUUUCUAUUAGGCCACUAGUGUAUUACGCGGGAUGUGGGUUUUCCUAUACUUUUUUUUUUUUUGAAAAGACUAUUUUAUAAAAUUUAAAGACACAAAA